CAGGCGGGCUCGUGGUGGCUGGAGGAUUCGCGGGAAACGUCUAAAAUCAAACCUGCGGCGCGUGAAGGAGCGUGGCUCGGCUUCUCCUGGAACCGCACGCGGCUCCCGGUCAGAGACAGCGGCUACCGUGCGCGCGCUGGUACGUAGCAGCCUCGCGGCGGCGGCGGGAGAAGGAAGGAGGGGGACGGAGCGGAAGAAAUGGCGGAGCGGCCAGAGGACCUGAACCUUCCCAACGCGGUGAUCACCCGCAUCAUCAAGGAGGCGCUCCCAGAUGGGGUGAACGUGUCCAAGGAGGCCCGGCGCGCCAUCUCCCAGGCGGCCAGCGUCUUCGUGCUGUACGCGACCUCCUGCGCCAAUAACUUCGCCAUGAAGGCCAAGAGGAAGACGCUGAACGCAGGAGAUGUGCUGGCGGCCAUGGAGGAGAUGGAGUUCGAGCGAUUCCUGGAGCCACUGCGGGACGCUCUGGAAGUGUACAAGAAGGACCAGAGGGGGAGGAAGGAGGUGAGCGAACAGAAACGCAGAGACAAGGAGAGGAAGGCCGACUCCGAGAACGACAAGAGCAGAGAGGAAGAGGAGGAGGAGGAAGAGGAGGAGCAGCAGCGCAUGGAGGAGGAGCCUGAGGAGGAAGCUGAGGAAGAGGAGGACGACAACUGACCCGCUCGGUUCUGAUCCGGUUCAGCCUCUUCAAGCAUUUUAACCGGAAAGCUUCAGCUGAACUCCAGAUCCAGGAUCGGAGUCGUCCUCCACUUUCUCCACAUCCGUCAGGAAUAAAAGGUUCAAGGAUCCGGACCACCAAGCCGGAGCGGUUCUGAUGUCUCCAUGCGGGUCGGUCGUAGUUUCAGUUUGUAUUUUUGUAAACUUGUUUGAAAUCUUUCAAUAAAUGUUUUGUAUAAAACUGAAA